AUGAAGUAUCAGUCGUGGAUGUAUUCUCCACUAGAACGAAAGACAGUGGCUCAGCGUUUAAUGAGAUUUGCAUUUUCUGGAGUGGGUCCAGAAAAAGGAGUUGAAAAAGUGAAGGUAAGUUUUGAGAUCUGCGAAAUAACUGUAAAGCUUUUCAUGCAAGGAGUUGUUGACGAGUCGGAAGAGAAAUCAAUCUCAGGAAUGAAAUCUUCGGAACUACCAGCGGGGCGAGCUCAUCAAGCUGGCGGCGAAAGCCCAAAGCGAAAUGACGCGGGGAGCCUUCGUGUUGCAGUUGAGCUGCGGCGAAUCAAAUUGGCUCUCCUGAGUGUCUGUGAAUGUUGA